GUACAUAGUCCAUCUUCCCACUCCCAUGGCAACUAACAUGUACAUGUACAUUUUGACUCUGUACUACUCCUGCGGCCAAACCCGGUCUCCCCGCCCCGAGGAACAUGACGACCUGCGCAGCGGCCUGUGCGGCGGCGCCCCCACCUAAAUCCGACGUCCUGCGCAGCGGCGCCGCCACCUGAACCCGACGACCUGCGCAAUGGCGCCGUCGUCGCCAUCUCCGCGAGCGCGAAGGCUUGCAACGAGCCUUGCUUGGUCCUCCAAAUCUGCCCACGUUCCUGAUUUUCCUGUGAGAUUUGAUUCUAGAUUUGUUUUUGUGGAUUGUUUUUCCUAUCUGGAUUUCCACAAAUUUAUGAAUCCCUGCACGUUCCUGAUUUUCCUGUGAGAUUUGAUUCUAGAUUUGUUUUUGUGGAUUGUUUUUCCUAUCUGGAUUUCCACAAAUUUAUGAAUCCCUGUACGAAUAUUCCCAUUUGCUUCUCUGCAUCUUCCAGAUUUCUUUGCACCUUCCAGAUUUGUUUGGAUACCUAACGAAACCUGACUUGAAUCAGGUAUGAAUUGUGAAAAUGAAUCAUGAACAUAAUUAUUGGUUGGAUUUGCUCUGGAUUAUUUUUAAUCCUUGCGCUCGUCGCUUUCCUUAUAAUAAGGCAUGGCAAUCUUGUGAACUGCCAUGGCCAACGUCUGUGAGUAUGCCUAGCAUAGGAAGGUUUCUUUUGCAAAUAGGAUGGACCUGCAAAUGAAAGAUGAGUUAACUGCUGUGGUGUUUUAUGUAAAAAAGUGCACGAAUCUCAAAGUACGUUGGGCGUCCAGGAUAAGCCCGGGACGCCCACGUAUAUGUAGACUAUGAUUUCGCCACAGGAAAUUGUAUCAAAAACACCCCAUCUAUUCGUUCUGUUUGACAGUCCACACCAGAGUCCGUCUCCCGUCGCCGGCGCUCGCCGUCACGCCACCGCCUCCUUUCCCGCCGAUAUUCCACUCUACCUCUACGGCUGAUCUUUCUCUCUUCCUGGCGCUCCCCGGUCCGGUCUUGCCCCUAACCUUAGCGGCAGAGCAGGGAGGCCGGCGGCGCCCCACGGCGCAGUCCCGGGCUCCCGGCGACCGGUGCCCGUUCCUGCCCGUCGCCGGCAGAGGGGAGAAGUCCAGAAGCACUUCAGCAGCAAGCAGGCUCCAACCCAUUUGUGACUUCGUUCUCCAAGCUAGAAUUGUUCAUGGUGGGGCCUCCCUCGUUGGCGGCUCCGACCAACUCCACGUUCUCCCACCUCUUCCAGCUGUGCGCACACGGUGGCCGCGCUGCCCUCGCCGCCGGUCUCGCCGCGCAUGCACGCAUGCUUGUGUCUGGGUUCGUCCCCACAGCCUUCGUCUCCAACUGCCUCCUGCAAAUGUAUGCCCGCUGCGCGGACGCCGCCUAUGCCCGGAGGGUGUUCGACGCGAUGCCCCACAGGGACACCGUCUCAUGGAACACCAUGCUCACUGCGUACACGCAUUCUGGGGACAUCAAAACCGCUAUAUCUCUCUUUGAUGCGAUGCCAAACCCGGAUGUCGUGUCAUGGAACGCUCUUAUCUCGAGCUAUUGCCAGCGCGGCAUGUACCGGGAGUCGGUGGCCCUGUUCUUGGAGAUGGCUCGUUCUGGUGUUGCCUCUGACCGGACAACUUUUGCCGUCCUUCUGAAGUCGUGUGGUGCUUUGGACGAUUUGGCACUCGGUGUUCAAAUCCAUGCAUUGGCGGUUAAGACAGGGUUAGGGAUCGAUGUGCGGACUGGGAGUGCUCUAGUGGACAUGUAUGGCAAGUGCAGCAGUUUGGAGGACGGGUUAUUCUUCUUUUAUGCAAUGCCGGAUAGGAACUGGGUCUCGUGGGGUGCAGCUAUUGCUGCAUGUGUUCAAAAUGGUCAGUAUACGCGUGGGUUGGAGCUGUUCAUGGAGAUGCAGAGGUCAGGGAUGGGGGUGAGCCAGCCAGCUUAUGCCAGCGCUUUCAGAUCCUGCGCAGCAAUGUCAUGCCUGAGCACUGGUAGGCAGUUACACGCGCAUGCCAUAAAGAAUAAGUUCAAUACUGACCGUAUUGUUGGGACAGCCAUUGUUGACGUUUAUGCUAAGGCUAAUAGCUUGGUGGAUGCUAAAAGGGCAUUCUUCGGCUUGCCCAGUCAUAAAGUCGAGACAUGCAAUGCCAUGAUGGUUGGGCUUGUGCGCGCAGGGCUAGGGAAUGAGGGCAUGGAACUGUUUCAGUUCAUGACCAGGUCAGGCAUUGGUUUUGAUGCAGUCAGCUUGUCGGGGGUUUUCAGUGCUUGUGCAGAGAUUAAGGGGUAUUUGCAAGGGCUGCAAGUCCACUGCUUAGCAAUGAAAUCAGGUUUUGAUGCGGACAUCUGUGUCCGAAAUGCAAUUCUUGAUCUGUAUGGGAAGUGUAAAGCAUUGGUAGAAGCAUACAUUGUCUUCCAGGACAUGGAGCAACGAGAUUCAGUCUCUUGGAAUGCUAUUAUUGCUGCCCUUGAGCAGAAUGGACACUACGAGGACACUGUAGUUCAUUUUAAUGAGAUGCUACGUUUUGGUAUGGAACCAGAUGAUUUCACAUAUGGCAGUGUGCUUAAGGCUUGUGCAGCUUUACAAUCUUUGGAAUUUGGGUUGAUGGUUCAUGACAAGGUUAUCAAAUCAGGACUUGGUUCAGAUGCUUUUGUAGCUAGCACUGUUGUUGACAUGUACUGCAAGUGUGGUAUGAUGACAGACGCUCAGAAACUUCAUGACAGAAUUGGGAGGCAAGAACUUGUUUCAUGGAAUGCCAUCAUGUCAGGAUUUUCACUGAACAAACAGAGUGAGGAUGCCCAGAAAUUCUUCUCACAGAUGUUAGAUAUGGGACUAAAGCCUGAUCAUUUCACGUAUGCCACUGUUCUUGAUACUUGUGCUAAUUUAGCUACCAUUGAGAUUGGGAAACAGAUCCAUGGUCAGAUAAUCAAGCAAGAAAUGCUGGUAGAUGAAUAUAUAUCCAGUACUCUUAUAGAUAUGUAUGCCAAAUGUGGGUACAUGCAAGACUCACUGCUAAUGUUUGAGAAGGCGCACAAACGGGAUUUUGUGUCAUGGAAUGCUAUGAUAUGUGGCUACGCGCUGCAUGGCCAAGGAGUAGAAGCACUCCAGAUGUUCGAUAGGAUGCAAAAAGAGAAUGUGGUUCCAAACCAUGCAACUUUCGUUGCUGUACUUCGGGCUUGCAGCCAUGUUGGGCUGUUGGAUGAUGGAUGCCGUUACUUCCAUCAGAUGACCUCCCGCUAUAAAUUGGAACCACAACUGGAGCACUUCGCUUGUAUGGUAGAUAUACUAGGACGGUCAAAGGGACCGCGAGAAGCUCGGGAGUUUAUCAGCACCAUGCCUUUUGAAGCUGAUGCAGUCAUUUGGAAGACUCUCCUAAGCGUUUGCAAGAUCCAUCGGGAUGUUGAGGUGGCUGAACUUGCUGCCAGUAAUGUUCUGCUACUAGAUCCUGAGGAUUCUUCAGUUUACAUUCUUCUGUCAAAUGUAUACGCAGAAUCAGGGAAAUGGGUUGACGUUUCAAGGACAAGAAGGUUAAUGAGGCAGGGAAGGCUUAAGAAGGAACCUGGUUGUAGCUGGAUUGAGGUGCAAAGUGAAAUGCAUGGUUUCCUUGUAGGAGAUAAUGUCCAUCCGAGAUCGAGGGAGCUGUAUGACAUGUUGAAUUACUUGAUUGAUGAGAUGAAACUGACUGGAUAUGAGCCUGAUUUGGCUUAUUUUGCUGAAGAGGGGAGUGCAUUUGAGCAAGAUCAGUUACAUGGAAUUGUUGGUGGCUAAUCUGUCAAGCAUUGGCGUUCCAAUCUAUUAUUAGAGCGUGGUGCACUUAGACUGUGAGGAAGCAUGGCAGGAAUCAUCUUAGUCUGGAUUGUCACGCUCUGCAUAUGUCUGUGACUAAUUUGGUGGGUCUGAUGCUCGAGAAUCGGCCUAAGGUACGAGUUCAAAAGUAACUGUAGUCUGUGGGAGAUUAUUUUAGCUAUGUUUUUCCAUUAUGGUUUUAGAACAUUGAUACUGGUUGAGUAAACCAUCAAUGAAUGCGAGUCUGAAUGUUAACAAUUUUGUUGGAGAACUGCUUCAUUCAUGGUUGUACCUGUAUUGAAGUAUCAGUGUGUUGGCACAAGUUCUUUGAUGCAAAAUUUCUGCGCUGUUGGUACCUGUUCUGUUUUUUCCCUUCAAUUUCUGGGAUUUUCCCAUGCAUAUAGACUAGUAUUUUUGAGUAUUUUCCUGCCUGCUGUCAUUGCUGUCUGCUGUUUGGGUAGAGAUGCAAGUGGGUCAAAGUUAGGGUACCCUCUUUAGUGCAAAAUUUUGAACUAAGUUUUUUAAAAUGAUGAUGUCAUCAGAAAAGUUAGUUCAAUCUUUUUGAACUAAAGAGGGUAGUGGGUACCCUAACUUUGACCCACUUGCACCUAUAUAUUUGGGGAUGGUUUGAUAUGCAAACCAUCGAAACCAGACCAGUGAACCAGUUCCCUUCUCUAAACUGUACAAACCAGCCCACCCCAGCCAAACCACCUGCAUUUGGGCUGGGUUGAAGAACAGGAAAAACCCAGCACAAACCGUAUAUUAUCACCCUGAACAGUGGCACCUAAGCUCAGUAGCUCACCAGAUUCGGUGUAAGAUUAGCCUUGCCGGUGCGGUUUUUAGUUGAGUGCUUUCAGUAAAGCUUUGCUUCGUCUCAUAAAAACAGUGGAUAGUUCUAGCUUCACACAAGGACAGGGUAUUGCUCCCAAGAGCAGAAUGCAGCGACACACUUUAUAACCCUGCGUAGCUUUCUAUCUGUGUCGAUGCCAGUGGACUUAGAGAGGGCAAGCCGCCUCCCCCUUCCAGACGACUGCAAGCGACCCACAGAGCCGACAUGCCAACCGCAGUCCACAGUGCCACGCUUGUUCAACUCUCUUUUGCAUAAUGAUUUUUUAAAAGGUAUCACACAACUUUUUAAUAGUAUUUAUUUUGAUCGAGCAAGGAUUGCACAAAACUUUUAUUUUCCUGUUACUUCAACUGUAGUAGAAGGGAUUGCAUGGGUAUGUUUUACUACUACUAUCUCAUGUUAUUUGCCUUUUUCAUUUUUCUCUGUUGCUUAAACUGUGGAAGGUUUGACCUCACGUUAGGCCCAGACAUGGAGAAUUAAGGAGCCUGCCAGCAACGUACUUUUAUCAGCAAUUCAGAAAUGCAGUAUCCUGUGGGAAUGGAUUGUACACACUGUCAGAGUGUAUUUUACUGUUUUGUUUUCUUCCAGAUUAUUAAGUCUAAUACAUAAAGCAUUUGUCUGUAAUGUUGUAUGAUCAUCCAAUGAGAUAGUUUCAGGUGUUAUCUCUUGGUAUUUUCAAAAGGAUGCAAUGUUUGAGAAGAUUGGUGGAAUGCCGGCUCUAGUUCAGUGUUCAGGUAAGUGCCAACAACUGUAAACCUGACUGUAUUAUGAUCUGUAGGAUCUGCUAUGAUAUUGCCAUAUAUGUUAAUACUAUAUCAAAUGUAAUCUGAUCUGGAUGCAUCUAGGCUGUAACUUGCUGCACAUAGUUGUUAAUUCCUGACGAGCCAAUUUCAUAGGUGAUACUGAUCUGUGUGGGCAUUCCACAUCUUACUGAUUAUUAUUAUGAAACGACUACAAAGGUUUGAAUACUUGAUUUAUUUCCAUCACUUUCGACGCAUCAGAUUUUUCAUCCUCGAGGAUUUCUUUUUCAUAGUUGUUUCCCUUGAUAUUUUAUUUUUCUUGAGUUUACAGAAUUCUGUACUAGCAGUGUAAUGAUAGCUAUAUGACUUAUUUGUUCACUACAUCAAUGUCCCAAAUCUCUUUGGUUAGGCCAGUAAAAUAUUCAGAUCUGUGAUAGCAGCAGAAUAUCGCUAUAAUUUGGCCUAUGCAUGUAGAUACUGUAGUGCAAUAAGAUUUUAGCCUUUUUGUUUAGUGAGGUUUGAUUUUUUUUUUCAACAACAAUAUAUAUUUUUGUUUGAAGCCAUCAUCUUGAAGGUAUUUCAGACAAAAGAAUCAUUUAUAUUGACCCCUCAAUUCUGAUUAUUUAAUAGGUUUAAAAUGAAUUUAAUUUUUUCUGAUUCUAACAAACAAUCGUUGGCUAACUUGAACUUUGCCAGGUGUAAGUUUAAUAUGCCUUUUUUCAGGUUUCCUAUAAGAAAACGUGAGUGAUAUCCAUUAAGGCGUGCGUUCUUUUAUUUGAACUUUCACAUCUAUAGACACUACUGACAUGGAUCUAGGCAGUAGGGACCUGAUCUAUAUUAUUGAGAUCCGCCUAAUCUAUGUGUUGCAAGAUACAAUAUAUUUGAUACCUGGUAUAGUAAUUAUGUCCCAUCUGUAGAUUCUUAGAACUUCUCUGUCAAACGUUCUGAACACAUACACAAAUUCAUUCUGACAUUCUUUUCUGGUGGCAUUGGUAGAUGCAUUACGGCAUCCGUUAAUUACAGCUCUCUUGUUUAGGUUUAGCCAAUGGCUCUGCAUAAUGUUUUGUAGUAGUUUGAUGUAAAGACCGUACACUGGUUUUAUUACCGUAUUUCAGUUGAUUGUCGGGGAUGAUUGUAAUGGUUUCUGGGUUGCCUAUGAUAUUUUGAUCCAUGUUUUUGUUACUUGCUAGUACUUUCAUGUCAGAGGUAUUUUUCAGUUACUCUUAUGAGAUAACAACAACAUCAAAGCCUUUUUCCCAAGCAAGUUGGGGUAGGCUAGAUAUAUGAAACCAACGGAAACAUAAGGAAAAGGAAACCAAAACAAGGAGAGAGAAAAAGAACAAGUAAACUAAGUUUCCGGCACAUGGGUCGCUGAUUUCCAUGUGGUCCUAUCAAGAGCCAAAUCUUUAGGCACAUUCCAGUCCCUCAAGUCUCUUUUUACCGCCUCCACCCAUGUCAACUUUGGUCGUCCUCUGCCCCUCCUUGUAUUUUCCAUAUUCCUUAGAAUUUCACUGGUGCUUUUCUAAGUAAUCUCAUAAUAGUAAAUUCUAAUGGGUUUCUAUGGAUAUGAAACCCAAUAGAAUUUACUAUUACCGAUUACUUGUUUUUUUUUCUUUUGCUCUCUAUGCGCCUGAGCUUACAUAAUGUGAGGUUGCUUUAUUAUAAUUGUCGCCCGUGGUAUCUUGCUUAUCGCCUGCUGUGUAAUGUGAUACUUAUUUCUAUUCUAGAAGCACAAUUUUGUUAGUCGGUCAUCAUCUACACAUUUAUAUCGACCAAACAUACUGUUAGCUUAUUGUUUCUGUAAAAUUGGACAAGCCAUAAUGCAACGAUUCACAUUGUUAUAGUUCCUGAUGAUCUCCUCUAACUCCCAAAUUAGGAGUUCAAUCUAUGCUUAAUCGGGAACAUUAAUUCUUGAUAUUUGAUGAUAGCCUUUUGCUUGGAUGGGAACUGCUGUAGAUUAUUCUUUUGCUGGAUAUUUAGUUGUUGUGUUAGCUCUGGAGCUAGAUCUUAUGUCACAUGUGUUGUGCACAGAAAUGUGUUAAAAAAUUUGAAGGCAUGUGAGUGCUCCCUUCAUUGUUCUACUUGUAUUUGUGUGGCUUGUUGAUCCGAUAAGCCAGUUACCUAUUCACAUUUCAGUUCCCAUCUAGCUUCUGUUUAUUAUUUCUCCCAUAUGCUGCUGAGAAGCUGUUUGGUAUUUUAAAAAUAACAAGGAAUGCUCUCUGAUCCUACUUUUUACAUACCUGUUGUAAUAAUCAUAUCAUUUGGGAACCUUAUAUACAAUUCAGAGGCUUAUUGACAUAUGUAAGAAAAUGCUUGUUCAGUAGCACAACUCUUUUGCUUGCUGUCAGAGGCUCCGUCGGCUUAGAUUUUUUUUGCUCCCAGUUAAGACAUUCCCAAUAUUGUGAUCAUGAUGUUAUUGUUCGUUUUUUCUAUUGCUUUUCUGGUGCAAUUGUUAUGCCCAGAUAGACUAUUACCGACAUUUUCAAUCCGAUAAAAACUGAAUUAUUAAUCUACCUAUUCUUUGACCUUCCAUGACCAUGAAUAGAUUCAGUCAAAACAGCAUCUUCAAUUUCUUUCAUGUGCACAUCUUUUUCAUAUGAAAAGCACCAAGUCACUGUGCUAGGUUCAGUCACCAAGUCACUGUGAUUUUUUUUAUGCAAAACUAAUUGUAAAGUCACAGUACUCCAGAUUGGGAAUUUCGUGUGCAAGCAGAGCAGAGAUGGAAUAGUUUUCAUGUAGCUGCUCACAUUGAUUGUUUGCUUUUCAAUGUGCUAGAACCAAAUACAGUAUUAUUAACAACUUACUUAGAUGACCGAAACAGGAGGCUGUCAUUGGCGCGUCCCGGUUGUCACCAUGCAUCACUACGUGCAGAUCAUGGAAUGUAUCUUCGCCCUGCAAAAUUAUUUCCAAUUUCCUUCUGUUGGGCUUUACAUGUACACUUCACGCGCCAGCUCUUCCACCUGAUUAAAGACGAUCGCUGCCCUGUCCAUGCCGAUUCUGUGGAGAGACAAUCUCGUGGAGCUGCUCUCUCUGUGUAGGCUGAUGGUUCCUGCCGCCUCCCCAGCAAGCUGCUGGUUUUAUCAUGAAGAAAGGAGUCACAGAGGACCAAUUAGAAGCCAGAGGAGCCAAGAGAACUAUAAAGAAAGAAGUAGGCCUGCUCAAGCACCCAUCAGGUCGAGUAGAUUACGUUACACCGUCGUCUCUAAGCCAAUUCUGCACCGUUCUGAUUUUUGCGCUUCACCAUGAGGCUGCCUCAUCAACCAUUUUGUGAAGGAGCUGCUGGUCCGAGCAAGCUCUUCUGUUGAAUUUAUUUCUUUCCAAAUCAUCCAACAAGUUAUAGUUGUUGUUCUUGCUGUCUUCAGCGGCUUCUUUAUAUUUGACAAAAUCAACAAAGUGAACUCAAAUUUUACCGCACGCAAAUCUAAAAACAAGAUAGAGAACUUACGGUGACAGCUAUUUUGAUCUAGAUACCCCUAUUGUAACAAAUACAUGGCCACUAUCUUGGGUACUGCAACAAAUACAUUGUGUUCCACUUC